AUGAAGCGAUCGCGUGAAGAGGGCGAUGACGGCGAGCACGCGUCAAAGGUGCGCCGGGUGUCGAGAGUUGACAGGCUGUCGAAACUGAGCGACGAACUCCUUGUGCGCAUCCUGUCGUUCAUUCCGGUCGCAUCGCUUCUAAUUUGCCAAAGAGUCUCUAAAAAGAUCGCUGGUCUUGCGGUAGACUCCGAACUGUGGAAAGCCGCAUACUAUGAGAAAUUCGUUCUACCAAGAGCAUCGCGAAUACCCGGAAACAGAGACGCUGGCGCAUCCGAUCGACUACGCUAUUCUUCGAGACUGUCCCAGUGGCUGGAUGAUGGCAAUCUUGUCAAGGAUGGAGUCCAAACAAACUGGAAGCAGCAGUAUCGGUUGCGACACAACUGGUCUCAGGGACAAUGCGCCGUCAGCGAGAUCGUCGUCUCUGAGCGAUCUCCAGAUCCUCCGCUGCUGGUCAUGAUGUCGAACAGUACCGUCUUCGCUGCCGAUUCGAUAUCUGGACUGAGGGCAUGGAACUCUAAGAACCAGCGCGAACUGCUCGCGUCUAUCAUGCUCACAAGUGCUCAAACAGAUGCCCUCCAGUUGCCAGUUUCCAUGGCGAUAGAUACAGAUGUAUGUGAUGAGGAACAGCGUUGUGAAAGAGUCGUACUGGGAUUCGAGGACGGCUCAUUUUCGAUAUUCGCUCUAAGGAAGGAUCUCAACAAGUUUGAAGUCUUGUUCACACACCCUCCCUCGACAAAUGGAAUGCUGUCAGCGCUCGCAUACUCAUCACCAUACCUCCUAACCAUGACCGAGGAACACUUGCUUUCCCUAUACGCCUUUCGAGAGCCACCUGCCGGCUCCAACACGCUGGAUCCACCACGCCUUCUCUACUCCCUACGCUCCCACACCGCAUGGCCACCUGUAUCGCUCUCCCUGCGCACCACAGCCACCAGUAUGACAGCCGCUAUCGCAUACUCCAUCCCCACGUACCUAUCCGGUUGGACCGUCGGCGUCCAAGAACUACGUCUAUCCCACACAGGAGAACUCCUCGAGUCGCGCCUAGCCACCGCCGCGGACGACACCUCCUUCACUCUAUCAUCCCAGCGCUCUGCAUCCUCGCCCUCGACACGACCAUCCUCUCCUUUCCUCGGCACCCCCCGCGACUUCCCCUCAACAAGCCCAGCACCCCCCACAUCAACCUCAUACUCCCACCCCUACCUCCUUGUCGCCCACCCCGACAACACCCUCACGCUCUACCUCGUCAAAUCCACAACAGCCACCCUCUCCGUCAGCCCCGGCACCCGCCUCUGGGGCCACACGUCCUCCAUCUCCGGCGCCCACGUCGGCAUGCGCGGCAAAGCCGUCUCGGUCAGCAGACUGGGCGACGAGCUGCGCGUCUGGGAUCUCGAGGGCCGACCUGCAAACAAACGACGCUCCCGCAUCGCCCCGUGCAGCGUCAGAGUCCAGCCCGCGCAGCCGAAUGACGCGCUUGAUGAAGAUACGGCGCAGGACUCCGGGCUGCGCUUUGCGCUCGCGCAGCGUGGGUUCGACGAUGCGACGGUGAGUCGCGGGUGGGUUGGCUUCGACGAGCAGAAUGUCGUUGUGCUGCGGCAGAAGAGUGGGGGUAGUCAGGCGUUGGUUGUGUAUGAUUUUACGUAG